AUGUCAGGGACCCUGGGUGGAAAGAAGUGGACAGCAAAGGCAGAGAGGCCCUGGAUGAGUGACACUGAGGAGUUCCCAUUCCUGGAGUGUGCGCUGCAGAAACCAGCAGUGAAUGUGAAGAAAAUGGAGAAUUUGAAGAUAAAGGUGGAGUGGAAGGUGACAGAAAUGAAAGAGAAGCAGAAGCAGAAGCAGAAGCAGAAGCAAAAGCUCACGGAAAAGUGGAAACACACAGAGAAGACAGAUGCCAAGGAGCUAGGCUUGCUGCGACAGUGCCUGGGACCUGGCUGUGUGUACCCCACCCGGCCAGGCUCCAAGUACUGCUCGGACGACUGUGGCAUGAAACUAGCAGCUGACCGCAUCUAUAGGAUUCUGCCCCAGCGCAUCCAGCAGUGGCAGAAGAGUCCCUGCAUUGCUGAGGAGCAAGGCAAAAAAAUGCUGGAGCGCAUCCACCGUGAGCAGCAGGACAUUCACACCCGCCUGAAGGACAUAGAGUGCCAUUUCCAUGAACUUGAGGCCAUAAUUCUGCGUGGCAAGCAGCAGGCUGUGUGCAGCGAUGAGGAGGUGAAUGGGAAUGACAGGAACAGCGUAAACCUGCAGAUCUUCUGUGUCUCCUGCGGGGAGUCAGUCAGCAUGCAUGUUGCCCUGCGCCACAUGGAACGCUGUUUUGCCAAGUAUGAGUGCAAGACGUCCUUCGGGUCCAUGUAUCCCACUUGCAUUGAAGGGGCCACAAGGCUCUUCUGUGAUGUUUACAACCCAAAGAGUAAGAGGUACUGUAAAAGGCUCCAGGUGCUGUGCCCUGAGCACUCAAGAGAUAACAAGAUAUCUGAUGAUGAGGUGUGCGGUUGCCCGCUAGUGCACAAUGUCUUUGAGGUCACUGGUAAUUUCUGUUGCCUCCCCAAACGCUUGUGCAACCUCCACUACUGCUGGGAGAAGCUGCGGCGCGCCGAGGUGGACCUAGAGCGCAUUCGUGCGUUGCACAAGCUGGAAGAGCUAGUUGAACAGGAGCACAAGGUGCGCACAGCUAUGACGAACCGGGCAGGGCUGCUGGCUCUGAUGCUUCACCAGACAAUCCAGCAUGACCCACUCACCACUGACCUGCGCUCCAAAGUAGACAGCUGAGCCCUGCUUGACUGAGAUCCUGUACCCAACAUCCUCUGCAAAGGGAGACAUUCAAUGAAUUCUUCCCAUCCUUGUUCCUAUCACCCCUUUUUUUUCUUAGGUCAUCUUCGAGCUUCCCUGUGCUUCUCGCUUCACCAUUCGGUCUCCUGCAUCUGUUUACUCCUCCAUGGGAAGGGGGCCUCAGAAUUCCCUUGUUUCCAUCCAUUCCUCCAACCGCCUGUCUCUUUCUUACCUGAACCUUGGCAGACUCAGGAGAUCUGCCCUGCCCGCAUCCCCCACCUUCCAGAGUUUCAUUAACAAACUUUGUAAGAACAAGGACUAUUAAUAUCCCCCCACACCCGUCUGGCCACAGACCCAAUUUCAAACCUCUGAUGGUGGUGGGUAAUAGUGUAACUGUACUGGGGGGGUGGCUCCUGGGCAUAUGCAGAAGAGGCUAUGAAGUGAUGGCCACUUGGGACUUGGUGAGCCGCCUUCUGUCAGGGGAGCCAUGACCUUACAGAGGAGAGGCCAGCGAUCCUUGUUCCCUGCAGUCCCUCUUCCCAGGCCGUCUGAUAUGUCGUUGGCACCUGAUUAGUGCACAGUCAAUUCAUCGACUCCUGUCCCAUUUUUUCCAUUCCCUGGGCCAGAGGUGUUAGAAAACUAGGAUGGGAGAUGGACAAGUUUGGGAUAGUCCUCUCUGAUAAUUCCACUGUGGGACACUGAGUCACAUCCCUGCCCCUGCUCAUCUUGUUCCACCCCUUGCCAUCCCAUGAAGUCCCAGUUCUUUCUGUCAGCCUUGGUCCCUGCCAGUCCAGUCCCGUUCUGUCCAUCUCCCACCCCCACCCACGCCCAUCUUCUCCUCCCCCCGCCCCCUACCACACUGCUCUGGGUCUGUCCUUUCCAGCCCGCUCUGUGCGUUGAAGCCUCAUGGGGUCAUGAACAUUUCACACCUAUAGGGUUGCCAGAAGCACCUCUGCCAUACCUGCUUUUUGGCAGUCCCAGCCAGCCCUCCUGUGUCAGUGGAAGUGUGUCUGGUAAUGCUGCUUGUGACGACUGGUAUGUUUGAAACAAGAGACUUGAACACUUCUAUUUUUUCUCUACUCCCUGGUCCCUUGAAGAUUUUUCCAUGAAUUUUCGUAAUUACUUUUUUCCCAGGGACUCACACAUUUUACCUAAAUGGUUAGGUAUGCUGAUCUAGGCUUACGUCUCCUA